AUGUCGAACUUCUCUUGUGGCCAUGGUCUAAAAUCGCGCGUUGGCGCCAAUCUAGCGUACAUAGCUCAAGACAAGCGAAAGCCGUGUCCAGAUUGUCAGACCCGAACUCCAGGGGGCGUUCUCACGCUGUUGAAAAAUCUACAGAAAUCAUGUGAGACGAAAAAGCUCUGCGAUCCGCACAUCAAGCAGCACCUAGUUACGUACAUCUUUGAUCGGUUCAUCUCCCAACGCAAAUCCACUUCUACGGGAUUCAAGCAGCAAUUUGACGAGAUUUUCCAGGAAUGGGGCACGGCAACCUAUUAUAUGCUAGACCAUAAGCAGCUCUCAAAUCUGUCCGUCACUAUCCGGGCCCGCUGGGGGAGCGACGUUGGCAGACAAGCACUGCGAGUUGUAGCCAUAGCAGCGCUCAAGGAAAAUGAAGUCUUCGUCCCGAUAGAGCCAGCAGAUGCGGAGAUACUAGCCACACUGAAUAGGAUGAUUGGCUUUAUGAGAGACCGGGCUACCGCUGUCGAGACCUUUGAACAGCUAGAAGUUGUCUUUGACGGAGCCGAGACGCUGGGGACGCUGAGAGACAAUGUCACAUCUGCACUUCUAAGACUUGAGGAAGGCUUCACCAAGUGGGACGCGGCAGCAAAUAAGUAA